UAUACGCCAGACUCCGCGCAUCCUGAUCUGCCCGUGCAUUGAAUUAUUCGCUAGAUUUAGCUAACGCUUCGGAUAUUGAUUAUGUUUUUCAUCGAUAGUUGACAGCAAUGGGAAAUAUUUUUAACAAUAUAUAAAUAUUUGGAAUAUUUUUUCACAUAAAGCACGGUCGGAUUGACGACAGAUAUUCCGGUCAAGAUGAUUUUCACAAAACCAGAAGUUUACUGCUUGUUACUUUCGUUUUUGUUUUGGAUUGUUAAAGGUGGAAGUUUACCAUGGCCAGAUUUCGAGAGUGGAUGGUUGCCCAUUAAAAACGGCCUCGAACAUGUUGCUAGACUUAACAUUGACCAUGGUUUAGGAGAAAUUCCGGUUCUUGUUGAUGUGUCUGUAAAAAUCAAGGACUAUAUAUUCCCGGCCUCAGGAUUUCGACCUGAUCACCCGAAAGAAAGGUCCGGACCAGUUGUUUAUAUAUACGAUGACAUGUAUGUCAAUGUAUCAACGUCUCCGAUAGAAGAUCCGCUGUACAGAAUAUUUCCUAAAAUACCGCGGCAAUAUGAAGGGGAAAAUUUAGUCAUCAUGGGAGAUGCGAAUGUGCGGAUCCGAGCUUGGAAGUACUCGUCAUUUCCGGCAGAAGACUUUAACCUGUUAGGAAUAAUGUUGAAAGCGAAUACUUCGAAAGUUUCCGACUCGUACGCUGAAGUGAAUCAUAAUCUGGAUGAAUUUCCGUGUCUUGUGGUUGUUCGUAUGAAAAUGCACCAUGGUGAUGGUACGAUUAUGGCUGAUGGCGUUGGUUCCAGUAUGCAGGUAUUUGCCGAUGAACCGGACAGAACGAAUGCCUAUCUUGUGUAUGGUUAUAGCAAUACCUCAUUCAGACUGUGGGUGGACUCUUCAAUUUACGGUGCAAUUUUUGACGGCAGAAAACAUACAUGGUUUGAUAUGGUUAUAUCCGAGGGCGAGGCCGAAAUAUUUGCGUGGAAAUGUUCAACUAUAACACCUCUAUACAACAAACGUGUUGUAACAAAACAUACUAUGGACGAAGUACCGUCAUGGUGGAACGUUGAUCUUGAUUAUGAUCUCGAGCCCUCACUUAUUCGUGUUUCGGUUCUAGCGGAAGAGCCAGGUGGCGCUAAUGAGGGUUUUCGAUUUCCUGGAGCAAUGCAUCUCGGGUAUCUUGCACCAUCGGAAGCAGGAAACUCCUUAAAACAUACGACCGUCGGUGGCCUUUCAUAUACCUACAAAACGGAGUACAUGUUUAAUUUUUUGCAGCCGAAACGUUUCGUCAAUAAAUCAACAAUAUUUAUCGCCGAAUCAUUUGGAGAUGGAACAAAUUCUGAAAUGUCUAACAGCGAGUCAGUGUAUAUACAAAGCUUUAUAUACGAAGAACAUGGUGGCUGUCCGACACCAGUCAUUCCCAAUGGGUUUGCCAACAUGUCAAUCAACGGAACGGCUACCGGUGCGAAAGCAAGAGUACAAUGUAACGAGGGAUUUGUUAUAAAAUCAAAAGAAGAUUUCUACAUUCAUGACCAUGAACGUUUUACGAUAACAUGUCAUACGUUUGGAUACUGGGAAAAUAUUCCCAAAUGUAUACCAAAAGAGAAGGAAGUUGGGAAUGAGUGUAAUCCUGCUGUUGAUAAGUGCCGGGAUAUUCACGCUUCUUGUACUCUUAUUCCGGAGGGUAAAGUGUAUAAAUGCGCUUGCAAUGACGGAUACAGGCAUACGGAUAGAUUUUGUAAAGCUCAAGGAAAAUAUUUACCAAAAGCGGAUUAUGAUAGUGACUGGAUAUCGCUGAUUAGGAAUAAAUAUAAGUGGUACCUCGAAUUGGAACAUGGUCUAGACACAGCACCAGUAUUAGUUGAUGUGCAGGUGGAUGUUGAUGGCUAUGUUUUCCAUGCAAUAGGUUUUCCACCGAACCAGGGCGAGCCGAGCUGGUUCAGUAGCGCAGUAGUGUAUAUCUAUGAUGAAAGAUAUAUUAACGUAUCUACAUUUGUACCUACUGAUAGCAGGGACGAUAAUUAUCUUAUUUCAAGAAGUUCGUACAGAUGGUAUGGUUACCAAUACAACUGGGGUAAUUACGGCAGAGCUAGAGUACGAGCUUGGAAAUCCGAAUCACUUCCUAUUCCAGAUUUAUCAGACGACUCCAGAGUGCUUCGUGCGAAUAGUUCCACAGCCGGCGACUCCUUUUAUGAACUAGAACACAAUCUGGGAGAAUACCCCGGUCUUGUUGUCGUUCGAGCUAAAAUGGUGUACAACGGAAGCACUUUCUACGCAGAUGGAGUGGGAUCAGCUCUAAAUGUGUUCUACAAUCAGCCUGGUUUAGGAAACGCAUUUCUUGUCUAUGGCUUCAAUGAUAGGAGCGUGCGCACGUGGGUAGACUCGUCUGUAAACGGAGCAAUAUUUGACGGAAAGGAGACGAAAUUCAACAUUGUUGUCUCAGAAGCGACAGUUGAAAUUUAUGCGUGGAAAAUAUCAACCUUAACUCCAUUCUUCACGUACAUGUUCUCCUUAGAGGACGACAGAUUUCCAUAUUCUGUCGAAUUUCCGAUGAACUAUCACCUAACUGAUGCCCUCAACGUAGCUGUGACACACAUAAGUGAUUCUCCUAGUCCAAAUCAAGGUUACCGGUUUCCAAGUUCGGCAUAUCUUGCCGACAGGAUUGGGUACCACAAAGAAGAUAGCAUCAGUAAAUGUAUAUUUGGAGGUUUUAUGUACGGUUAUGAAACAGGGCUGGGAUAUUGGUUUAACCGUGAAAGGGACAUUAAGAUGUUGCUGUAUAAACCCAGCUCUGACACAGGAGCUUUAGUAUGCAUACCAGAAUCAUUUGGAAAUGGAAAAUAUUCGGAUGCAGCUUUCAAUGGAAUUGGAAUUAUGUACAGUUGGAUAAAUGGAGAUUGUGGUCCUCCACCAGAAACAAACAAUGGUUUUAUAAAUACGACAAUAAACGGGACUGAGUUUGGUGCCGUAGCUGUCUUGGAGUGCGAUGAUGGUUACCGGCUAUGGUAUGAUAGUGUACCAGUCUGUCGGGGAGAUAAGCAGUGGGAACUCUAUACAAGUUGCCGUCCAGUCGAAUGCAACACAGUGGAAGCUCCUGCAAACGGAACAAUGAAUGUAAGCGGUCUCACAUUCGGACACAAGGUGACAUUUCAAUGCGACACUGGAUAUAGAUUAAAUGGUACUGAAGUGAUAGAGUGUUUGUCUACAGGAAAUUGGUCUGCAAAUUCACCGUCAUGCAGUUUACAUAUAGAAGACGACAACAAAACUUCGAGAAGUGUGAGAGAACGAGUGAAUGUCGUACACAUCCUGCUCACAGUUUCCAUGUACAUCGUUGUUUUCACUGAAAAUCCGUAACACUAUGCUCAAGGCUGUCGAAACAAAAGCUGGACCGUAGUAAAUAAAUGGGACAGUAAACCAAUAACGUCGCCUCUAAUUGUAUUUUUCUGACACCUUGAUUGGGUUAUUUAUUAUAAUAUUGCGUUUAGAAACAAUAUGGCAGAAAAGCACAUAUAUAACAACUUAGCACUUCCCGUAAAUAUUGCUUGUGAUGAUACACCAACGCCAGUGUCAAAGAUUUAAUUCUUCUUCUUAUGUUUCCAAAUCUGUUAUUCAAAAUAUAAAUGAUUACGGAGUAGAAGAGAAACAAAACGUACGAUAAGAAAUGUAUUUAUAUUAAAAGACAUGCUCUCGAAUUAAACUACGACGAGCAUUUUAGCCCAGGAAUAUGUUUUGAAUCUGGACGUAGUAUAUGCAAUUCUAUAAUCAUGACACUUUUUGUCGUACUUUUGUUAAUUUGAACGUCGUUUCGGACGGUGUUUUUAACUUUUCUGUUUUUUUUUUUUAAUGAAAUGAUAUUGCCUAACACUACGCUACGAUAAAUAUAGGCUAAAUAUAGUUUAGUUUUACUUGCAUAUCGUGCGAAACGCAUGAUCAACGACACUGUAAAGUAUGUACAAAGUACGUGCCAGGAACGGAAAUGUACUAUACCUUAAAAAAGUUCCAUAUAUACAUGGAGAUAUUUUUACAAAUGAUGCAAAUGAUAAGUCUUUUGAUCACCACUGACGGAAAAUUUAACAUGAUACAUUCCUAUGAUACUCUUUAUAUUGAUAUUUCGAUUUUUGAUGUUGUGCGCAAUAUAUGUGUUCAGUACUGUAGGCCUAUAAUUGGUUUUUGUUACUGUUAAGAUCUGAAGUAGAUUCUUUGAAAGGAAGCAUAGAAUGCAAAUCAAAACUAGAUAAUAGCAGACUUGGUUUGAUUGCGUCUGUUCAUUAGAGGCAAUGGAAAGUGCGACACCCCAUUACGUCCUCUAUUAUUAGGAGUGGGGGGGGGGGGGGGGGGGGGGGGGGGGGGGGGGUGUGGAGGUGUUGUCCAACCGACCCCUUAUUAUGACUAAAGAAGUACAAUUUUUAUAGUUCUUUGUUAUGACUAACAUGUGUCUUUAUAUACUUAAUAGUUUGAUGUGUGUCUUGUGGAUGUUAGCCGUAUUUACAAGUACAGGGUUGUGAAUAAGUUGGCAGAAAUAGAAAAGUAGCCAAUAAGCUUGGGGUAGGGGGUGGGGAGGGGACUGAAGGCAUGCCCCCCCACUCACCACCUCGCACACACACACACACACACACACACACACACACACACUCCAACCUGGAAAUUUUUGAAAUUCGGUGCUUCAUUUCCUGCAUUCUGGGGUAUCUUUGGAGCAUUUAAGAACACCUUUUCCACUGCAAUUUUAUAUAGAAUAUACCCAUUAUUUCCAUUUUUAUGAGCUCACCUGUUAAAUUUGGGAAAAAUAAUAAAAUAUGUAGCAGCAGCCACAUACGCUUUAAAUGCGGCCUUAAUGUUGCCUUUUCGAAAAAAUAUUUUCUUGCCUUCUUCUCUUCUUUCCUUUUAGGAUUUUCUGGGUGGGGGAGGGGAGGAAUCCGCACCCCCGGAUCCCGCCUAUGGAUCCGCGCAUGUAUUCAACAUCGGUUGGAACGUUACUAGUGAUACAAAUACAAUCGAACCUGCCUAGAAAGACAACCAAUAGGAAAUGAAUACAAGCGUUCUUUGUUUACAGGUGGUCUCUCAACACAAUUAAAUUUUCACGGUUUAAAGAGGAAGAGAAAAUAAUGACCUUCAUAAACGGGUUUUAUAGUAAUGAUCUUUAUUACAGCUGGUCUUUUGCACAGGUUUACCAAUACAUUGAAGGACUCCCAAAAUGAACCAAAAGAACCAGAAAAUAUAACAAUGUAUCAUAUCUCAAAACGAAUAUAAUAUGUGAUGUCAUGUUUUGACUUUUAGAAUAUUGCAAAACUGUUGAUGAUAAAUGCGUACUGUGUGACCAUGGCAUUUACAAAUUGCCUGAUUCUGCCUUAGAUAAUAUUUUUGUUAUACAUGUAUGCUCAAUUAAUACAUGUGUGUGGUGUUUGUGUAUUUAAGAUUAUUUUUCCUUAUUUGUUAUGAUAUUAGUCAUAUUACUUUAAUAUAUUUGUAUAAUUUUCUAUUAAACCCUCUUAUAUCUAAAUAUAAAA